AUGGCGUCUGUGGGCAUGCAGUUACUGGGUUGCAUCCUGGCCCUGUUUGGCUGGAUUGGAGUGAUAAUUGUGUGCGCCCUACCCAUGUGGAGAGUAACAGCCUUCAUUGGCACCAACAUUGUGACCUCUCAGAUCUUCUGGGAGGGGAUCUGGAUGAGCUGUGUGGUGGAGAGCACAGGACAGAUGCAAUGUAAGGUCUACGACUCCAUGCUGGCGCUGAGCCCCGAUCUGAAGGCUGCUCGCGUCCUGGUGGUGUUUUCCAUCGUGGUGGGCAUCGCUGCGAUUCUCGUGGCGCUCGUCUCAGGGAAAUGCACCGACUUCAUAGCUGAGGAACGAGGAAAAGUGAAAGCAUCCAUUGUUUCUGGGCUGGUUCUGAUGGUCUCUGGAGUUUUGUGUCUUAUCACUGUGUCCUGGACUGCUGUCAUUAUCGUAAACGACUUCUACAAUCCCCUGUUACUGGAUGCUCAGCGCAGGGAGCUGGGGGCUUGA